AUCGUUUAGAAGAGCGUCGGAAGGUGGGGCGGUAUCAGUGUUGAGGAACCGCACACAGUGGAGCACACGCUGCAACUCAGUUGUUUGAAUUAUGGCACCCACAGGAGAAGUGGUGUUUGGAACGCAGACUCGUGUCUGUGCAGACAACCGUCUGCGCUGGGACCUGACCCCGGAGCAGAUUCACCAGCUGUCCGACGAGCUCAUCGCUAAGACCAAGCAGGUGUACGACACCGUGGGCUCCCUGGACCUGGACAAGGUGACCUAUGAGAACACCCUGAAGGCGCUCGCUGAUGUGGAGGUGGACUACACAGUCCAGCGCAACAUGUUGGACUUCCCGCAGCAUGUGUCCCCCUCCAAGGAGGUGCGCACGGCCAGCACGGAAGCCGAUAAGAAGCUGUCCGAGUUCGACGUGGAGAUGAGCAUGAGGGAGGACGUGUACCAACGCAUCGUUACCCUGGAGAGGAAACUGGAGGACGGAGACGCGCUGACCACAGAAGGGAAGCGCUACAUCGAGAGACUGAUGAAGCUGGGCCGAAGGAACGGCCUGCACCUGCCCAAAGAGACCCAGGACGAGAUCAAAGCCAUCAAGAAAAAGCUGAGUAACCUGUGCAUCGACUUCAACAAACACCUGAACGAGGACACCACCAGCCUGCCCUUCAGUCGUGAUGAGCUGGGCGGUCUGCCGGAGGACUUCCUGAACUCGCUGGAGAAGGACUCUGACGGGAAGCUGAAGAUCACGCUCAAGUACCCCCAUUACUUCCCCACCAUGAAGAAGUGUCACGUGCCCGACACACGCAAGAGGCUGGAGGAGGCCUUCAACUCCCGCUGCAAGGAGGAGAACUCUGCCAUCUUGAAGGAGCUGGUCCAGCUGCGAGCCCAGAAGAGCGCCCUGCUGGGGUUCAGCACCCAUGCGGACUUCGUUCUGGAGAUGAACAUGGCCAAGUCCUCCAAGAAGGUGGCCACCUUCCUCGAGGAGCUGGCGCGUAAGCUGAAGCCGCUGGGCGAGGAGGAGCGGUCAGUCAUCCUGAAGCUGAAGGAGCAAGAGUGUGUGAAGCGCGGUCUACCCUUCAGCGGGGAGCUGCACGCGUGGGACACACGCUACUACAUGACCCAGGUGGAGGAGACGCAGUAUGCCGUGGACCAGAACACGCUCAAGGAGUACUUCCCCAUGGAGGUGGUCACCCGCGGCCUGCUGGACAUCUACCAGGAGCUGCUGGACCUCACCUUCGAGCAGGUGGAGCGCGCCCCAGUCUGGCACGAUGACGUCACGCUGUAUUGCGUCAAGGACCGCAGCAGUGGACAGGUGGUCGGACAGUUCUACCUGGACCUCUUUCCCAGGGAGGGUAAGUACGGCCACGCGGCGUGUUUCGGCCUGCAGCCGGGCUGUCUGUUGCCGGACGGCUCGCGUCAGAUGGCCGUGGCCGCCAUGGUGGCCAACUUCAGCAAGCCCACGGCCGACGCCCCCUCCCUGCUGCAGCACGACGAGGUGGAGACCUACUUCCACGAGUUCGGCCACGUCAUGCACCAGCUCUGCGCUCAGGCGGACUACGCCAUGUUCAGUGGGACGCACGUGGAGCGUGACUUUGUGGAGGCUCCGUCCCAGAUGCUGGAGAACUGGGUGUGGGAGCGCGAGCCGUUACUGCGCAUGUCCAAGCACUACAAGACCAGCGCCGCCAUCCCCGACGAGCUGCUUGACAAACUCAUCAAGUCGCGCCUCGCCAACACCGGCCUGUUCAACCUGCGGCAGAUCGUCCUGGCCAAGGUGGACCAGUGUCUGCACACCAAGUGUGGCGUGGACCCCGCUGAAGAGUACGCCAGGCUGUGCCAGGAGAUCCUGGGUGUGCCCGCCUCAUCCGGUACCAACAUGCCCGCUACGUUCGGCCACCUGGCAGGAGGGUACGACGCCCAAUACUACGGGUACCUGUGGAGCGAGGUGUUCUCCAUGGACAUGUUCUAUGCCCGCUUCAAGCAGGAGGGCAUCAUGAACCCAAAGGUGGGUCUGGACUACAGGAAGUGUAUCCUGCGGCCAGGUGGCUCUGAGGAUGCCACGGAGAUGCUGAAGAAGUUCCUGGGUCGCGAGCCCAAGCAGGAAGCGUUCCUCUUGAGCAAAGGACUAACGGUGGAGGUGGAGGCCAGCACCCCCUGUGCCUGUUGACCACACACACCUCCCCCUCCACCCCCGGCUCGGGAGAGACCAGCCCACGCGGCGCCACAGACUUUUCACCUUGUUUUCUAAACAAAUAAACAAAUCGGCGAACAAGCGAAAUUUAUCUCGACCUCAGCCGUGUGUCGACCCUCCUCUCGUACGGCUCCAGUGUUCCUUUCUUUUUUUCAGGCAGUUUGGAAAAGUUGUUUUAAAAUGUGCUGUUGUAUUCAAUACAGGUCAGAAAUUACAAAAAAAGAAACAAAAUAAAAAAUGUUGUGGCUCCUUAAUUAUUUUAUCAGAUGUUUCACAGUAAAUAAUAAAGUUGCAUCAUCCUCUA